AUGGAGCGGUGUAUUGAAACAAAUUUGGUUCUCAACUGGGAGAAAUGUACUUUCAUGGUGACAGAUGGGAUAGUUCUCGGCCACAAGGUAUCUUCAAAAGGCCUUGAGGUUGAUCCCGCAAAAAUCGAAGUUAUUGAGAAGCUUCCUCCUCCGGUGAAUAUGAAAGGCAUAAGGAGUUUUUUGGGACACGCUGGGUUCUAUAGACGAUUCAUCAAGGAUUUCUCUAAGGUCGCAAAGCCGUUGAAUAAUCUGCUCAACAAAGAUUUCAUGGGAGUUCCACCACCUAGACGAAGAGACAAGCAGCCCUUGUAUCGAGAAGAAGGACCCAUUCUGGAACGUAUUCAAGAUGUGGUCCCUCCGUCUAGGACAACUACUAAUAAUGUAGUUGCCCCACAAAGGACAGCGGCAAUCGAAGGGAACCAAGUAAUAGAUUUGGAGGCUGCGAAUCAAAGAGCUGUUCCUGUUCAACAGGAAAUGGAGGAAGAUUGA